AUGCCGCAAAAUGCCAAGUUUUAUAAUAGUAAAGGCAAUACUCUUUAUGCUUUAAGGAGAUAUCAAGAAGCAAUAAAAUGCUAUGAUGAGGCAAUUAAACUUGAACCCAAUAAUCCUUUGCAUUUCUGCAGCCGAGCAAGAGUAUUUAAUAGUCUCAGACAAGAACGAGCAGCUUUGAGCGACCUUAAUAGGGCUUAUAAUUUAAAGCAAAAAUAUCAAGUAAGUGGUGUUUUCACUGGGGAUGAAUGGGGGCUUUCUGAAAAAGACAUAAAUUUUAUUAACGACGCAUUACGCCGAUCCCUAAAGAACUAUUCCAAAAAAUACAGGUUUAGAUAA